AUGCAAUUCUUGCUUCUUACAGCUGCCUUGGCUGCCUUGACCACUUCAGCUGUUUCCCAAACCAUUGAUCCAAACUCAGUACCACUAUCGACCAGAGAGGCAUGGUGCUUAUCACAGAUCGCCCAAUGUCCAUUGAUUUGCCUACAAGAAGCUGGCAACUCGGCUGCCACUUAUUCCAACACCUGUGAUGCGGCUUCCCUUUCCUACAGCUGCGUCUGCUCUAAUGGGCUUUCCCCCAACGCCUCAGAAUACUCUCAGACAAUACCAUACUACAUCUGCACUCAGUAUAACACUAAUUGUCAGGCAGCUUGUGGUUUGGACAACACCUGUGCUGCUGCAUGUGUUGCAGAUCACCCCUGCGGUGCACAGAAUCCUACCAGAGUGAAUACAAGCACAAUCACAACCAUGUCUGCCACGACGACUGGUGGUGCAGCAGCCUCAACUGCAUCAGAUGGUGUUAUCUACACUGGUUUUGGUACCGAAAGUGGCGCCUCUGCCACUGCGGGAUCUGGAUCUUCUGGGUCAUCAAAUUCUGCAGCGGCAAGGCUCGUUGUGAAUUUCGGGCAGAUCUAUGGUCUUGCCGUGGUUGCAACUGGCACCUUUGCUGGGUUUACCCUCAUGCUCUAG